AUGAUUUUACAAGAAAAAGAGCAUCAACGAAAUGCUCAAUCAAUUAUUACUAUGGAAAACAACACAACUCUUCUGUUUAGUGUCGAUAAUCUUCAAGAAGAGCCCAAAAAGUUUACAUUUGAUUACAGCUAUUGGUCUCACGACGGCUUCACUGAAGCAGACAAUGGCUUUUGUAUUGCGGAUGAAUCCCAUGAAAAUGGACCCAAAUAUGCAGAUCAGGAAACGGUAUAUAAGGACCUUGGUCACACUUUGCUUAGAAAUGCAUGGGACGGAUAUAACGCGGCGCUCUUCGCUUACGGACAGACGGGGUCUGGAAAGUCGUACUCAAUUGUAGGCUAUGGAAGCAAUAAAGGAAUCGUCCCUCGAUUUUGUGAGGAAAUAUUUCAGACAAUAGAGCACAGGAACGGCGACGGAACCGGAUUUGAAGCCUUAAAAUUAGAGAACAUCCGACCAAAGGAUUUUAUGGAAAUGGAGGAAAGGAUUAAUGAGGGCACCACUAAUCGCAGUAUCGCCGCAACCAAUAUGAACGAGACGUCUUCGAGAGCGCACACUAUUAUUGUCAUUAAUUUGGUCCAGAAGUCGAAGAACAGCAGCGGUCAGGAGACCACUAAAACCUCUACAAUAAAUCUGGUCGACUUAGCCGGAAGUGAACGACUUUCGGGAACUCAAGCGACCGGCGAUCGUAUGAAAGAAGGCGUUUCGAUAAACCAAUCGCUGAGUUGUGUCGGCAAUUGUAUCCACGCGUUGGCAGAGAAGGCUCAGGGAAAGAGUGUGAAGGUUCCCUAUCGGGACUCUGUUCUCACCAGACUAUUACAAAAUGCUUUGGGAGGCAAUAGUAAGACAGUUAUGUUGGCCGCCAUCAGUCCCGCGGAUAUCAACUACGACGAGACCCUUUCCACACUCAGAUACGCCGAUAGAGCGAAACAAAUCAGAAAUCACGCGAAGAUUAAUAAGGAUUCGACCGAUAAGUUGGUGAAGGAGUUGAGGGAAGAAAAUGAAAAACUUAAGAAACUUAUGGAAAGUGGAACUAAUAAUGUGAACGGUUCGGUCACUCCUCUCAAUGGAUUCGCUCUCUCACCCGACGCAUUAAAGGAAGCAAAGAGCAGAUGGGAAGAAGAGAUGAAAGCAGCUAUGGUUGAGAACGAGAGACAAUUGACUCAAAUGAAACAGACAUAUGAAGAGCGUCUGCAUCACGAGAAGCAGAAGAAGUCUAAAAAGAAAGCCGAGGCCAACAAAGUGGAGGCCGACAAACACGACAACCCUUUCCUCUCAAAUCUCAAUUUUGACGAACAAUUGUCGGCGAAAAUCAUUUAUAUUAUACGGAAGGGAAGCAAUACUAUCGGCAAAGCGGAGGACUGCACGAUACAACUGUUGGGGCCGUUGAUUCAGGAACACCACGCAGUGAUCAACCGCUUAGAUAACGGCAAAGUCAUUAUGGAGAGGUGUUCUGACGAUUGCCGUAUACUUCUCAAUGGAGAUCCCGUCACCCAUAAGGUCAACAUGAGUCACAACGACCGCCUCCUUUUCGGCACAACACAGCUCUUUGUGUUCUCACAUCCGGACCAAAAACUCAAGUCUAAGAUGACUUACGCCGACGUGACCUUCGAGUUGGCUCAGGAGGAGAUCGCCACCAAAGCCGGGUUCGCCGUCAACUCCGACGACCAAUCCAUGGAACAGGCGUUACUCAACAAAGACCUCUUGGAAGUGAUCCCUACCGUGGAUGAGGCCAAUGCCAUCAGCGAGGAGUUGGAAAAGUUUGUCCGCUUCGAGAUAAUGCUUGUUUCGCCCCAAUUCCUCGGAAAGCCUGGAGAAAGGACUGAAGUUUACGUAAGGAUUCGCAACAUUGAAAGCGCACAGGAGUUUGAAUGGACUAAAGAUGAGUUCCUCAACAGACUGUAUGUCAUGAAAGAAAUGUAUCAGAACUACGAGGCGGGAGAAGACGACUGGGAUUUGCCAUCUGAUAGGGAUCCAUUUCUAGAGGACCCGCACCGGGAGUGUCACAUCGGGACAGUUCAGGUGUAUCUGCAAUCGUUAGCCUUUAUGAUUGAACUGAAGGAACAGUUGUCUAUCAAUGACUUCUCUGGCAGUGAAGUCGGGAUAAUAAACAUAGAGAUCGUUCCGUGCGAUGAAGUCGGCAAUGAAUACGACGAGAGGGACGACGUCUAUGUGGACAGUCCUCAUGAACUGCUCGGACGGGGCAUUCAUUUUAUCAUCAAAAUCAAUGGCUGUCGAGGACUGCCCUCAAGGUUUACGGACAUUUACGUCAAAUUCCGGGUAUUUCUGGACGAAGAGGACACUCGAACCGAUCCGAUGUCCGACACAUCAAAUCCAGACUUUAAUUUUAAAAAGAUAUUCACUUUUAAAAGAGUUACUCAACAACUCGUAGACUAUUUAAAGGACGGGUUCAUCAAUAUGCAGGUGUGGGGCAAACAGUCGGUUAAGUUUACGGGUAUUAGCAAACAAAAUACGGGCCGAAACACGAAACAACUGUUUCAGGAGGAACUCGACAAACAGGGAAAUGAAUUGAUGACCGGAUUCAAGAUGAAUGGCCGGGUCGUCGACCCCAACAAACAGUCCAUUAUUGUAGAGCUCCUACUCAUGAAGAAACAACAGGCCCGACAACAGCAGCGCAUCGAAAAUAUCAGGCGUUUAGUGGAAACGGCAGAGAAAUUUAGGAAACGAAAAAUAUCCGUACAAUUAGUAAAGGAUCUGUUGUUCACAACCACUCCCGAGAUGGCCGACGCUCUCAUACAACAGGUUCCCGAAGUACGACAGUAUGAAAGCCUCGUCAGGCAUUUGCGCUAUACUUUGACACCUCCUUCACAGCUACCGGCGGUCGCACACCAAACACCCCCUCAAACACCCCCUCCCGGAGCUAUUCAUCCCAACAAAUGCCGUACAAGGGGAGUAGAAGAAGAGUGGUGGCUCUCAUUGGCUCUCAUUGUUAAUAACGCAGAGAAACGUCAAGACAUUGAGAUCAUUGAAAAUACAGACAUCAAUGACGGCAUUAGGGGUGCAAUCGCUUCAAUGGCGUUACUCUCGGAUCGGAUCGACAUAUCGGAGGACUCGCGACGUAUUUGCGGCCAACAGAUCGAUGCGGAAGAGAAGCCAAGACUCGACGGCACCUCCAGUGCCGCCAAACGACGCAAACUGAGGCACAACACGACUCGCGCCGACGGCGAGGCCGACGACCGCAGCACAGAUGCGAUGACUGACUCGACCGCUGGUCCCACGCUUUGCGAUUGGAUGUCGUGGGAGUUGUCUGAGUGUCGGCCGCAGAAUGUGAACGACUUGUGUCCGGAAGUGUUUCAAAUAGUUUUGGCGAAGUAUUUAAAGGCCAACAAUUGGCGAAAGUUAGUGCCCUUACGGCUGGUGUGUAAGUACUGGCGCUCUAACAUCGACUCAUACCUGGCCUCCAGACACGGCUUCCAAUACACGGGUCGGGUGUCAAAGGGGGCGCCGCCGCCGGUCAUGAAUUACUACGAGUUUAACGCGAUGUUAAGCUUUUACCCAAAUAUGAGACAAUUGAUUGUCAAGAACUUCACGGUUAGCGACCAUUUGGUGGCCAUUUUGAGGCAAAAUGUGCCAAAACUGGAGCGAAUCAGUCUUUACGGCUGUCGUAACCUCAGUUGGAAAGGCAUUACAAUACUUGCCGUCCGUUUCCCUCAACUCAAGUUCAUCGAUGUCUCCAAUUGUGAAUUGGAUGAAAACCGAUUGAGUAUUUUGGUGGAGAAUCUGCGAAACCUCAAGAUUAUGAACGCCAUAAACCCGGGCCGAGAGGUGACGGGUCAGUGUUUGGCCCGAUUGGGGCCUAACAUACAGGACAUAUGGAUCGGACUCAACCACUUGCGUGAUGUGAAUCCGGCGCUCAGAGCGCUGGUGUCGGGAAACGGUCGCAAUUUGAUUCACUUCGGGCUCAUUGUGUCCAACUAUUCGACCACCGAUUGGUCGAUCAUAACGGAUAAUAUGACGGCAUUGAAGAGUUUGAAGUUGACGUUUGGCUCAUACAAGGCGUCGUCGUUGAGACCAUUGGCCAAACUGUCUUCUCUGGAGUUCCUGGUGUUGGCCGAAGACUCGCGCAAUGAGAACGAGUCGGUGCUGACCGACGAGUCGCUGCUACCGGUGCUGAAGGGCUGCGCGAACCUCAAGUCGUUGGCAAUCGCGGGCACGAAA